ACCUAGCUCUUGUCGGCCAUGUUUAGAAACGCUUGUUCAUUCCCGUCUGCAUGUUGUUUUUCUGCGAAGUGGUGCCGCGUUAACCCUUGUACCAACCAUGGAAGGCAACCGGGCAGCUUCGUCAGCAGAAAAUGAGAAGCACAAAACCCACUGGAGCGACGACGAGACGCGCGCGCUUUUGAAAGUCUGGGAGGACCACCUCAGUGACUUGCGCAAGACGAAGCGCAACCUGAAAGUCUACGUCGCCAUAGCCGAGUGCCUGCGUGCGCAAGGGGUGGAGAAGAGUGUGAAAGAAAUUAAAAGCAAGAUAGAAAAUUUGGGAAACCGGUACCGGAACCUCAGCCGAAAGACGACCGGACAAGGAGCCAUUACGUGGAGAUUUUACAAGGACAUUUCUAGGUUCCUUGGCAGCCUGCCAAUGAACGACAGCAGCCUCACUGAAGAAACGUGUGGCGAAGACGCCACUGUUGAAAUAAUUAUUCAUAGUAUGGAGCACGGGCCGUUGGGCGAAGAAGACUCCCAGCCACCUCCAGCAUCACCAGAUGAAUGUUCACAUAAUACAAGUACAUUAUACUUGCCCUCAUCACCAUACAGCACAGACGACUGUUGGGCCCAACCACAGGCAGAAGUAAACAGCCAGCAAAACAAUCAAACGAGCAGGCGCACCACACAAAAGACUCUCCUAGCGCAACUAGUCGCUACGAACCGGCAGUUGUGUGCUGACCUAAACGAAAGCAGGAAGCAAGAGUUGGAGCUACGGCGAAUGGAACUUGACAUUGUGCGCGAAUCAGCAGCUACAGAAAAACUGUUGACUGACGCGCUCGUGAAGUAUUUGGCAAAAUAA